AUGAAUUUUGAAAAAUUACUGCAAGAAAAUGAGUUUGUGCUAUUCUAUGAUGAGAAGAAUAAUGAGUAUAAUGUUCUACUUGAACAUAUCACUGGUGAUUACAUUGAAGUAGAUCUGGGUCUAUCAGAUAUUCUGAAAAGUUUCUUUGAAGAGAGGUAUAAAAAUAAGAAAUUGCCAAUACUAUUCUACAGUGGUGUUGUACUGGACAACUCUAAGGAAAUUGAAGGUCAAAUAGCACGAAUAUUCAUCAGUAAUCUAAUCAAGAAGAAGAAAUAUGUUUUCAUCAUGAAAGGGACUGUUGAGAAGCCAUACUGCAAAUAUUCCAAAGAAUUGCUAAAAAUAUGCAAAGAAAAUGACAUCAGCGAGACUGAAAUUUGCGGCUUCGAUAUUUUUACAAACGAUAGUUUGAGAGAGAGUCUCAAAAGACUAAACAAUUGGUCUACGUAUCCGAUGAUUUAUAUCGAUGGUUUAUUUAUUGGUGGAUUGGACAAAUUCAAAGAGAAAAUUAGCGAAUCCAAACUGUAG